CACACCGCGUGAUACUCCAAGGUGCGGCUCUUGUCGGACUUCACCCACGUGUAAGAUAAUUCUUAGCCUAGGACAUUUCCGGUGUCCGCCCACACUUUUCAGGCAUAUAUAUAUAGUAAACCAACUCAAAUCACCCUCUCUUUCUCAUUCGAGCUGAGCUAUCGAGUCUGGACUAUAUCACUUAUUCUUUCUCCUAGAGGAAUACCUGGUGCCUCCCUCAGGUGUCUGCCUAUUUGUUUGAUAUCAAGAAUCACCUACUAUUUAUGUGCUGAGUGCUAUCCAGCACUGCACUGUCCUACUGAGACCUGCCUAUUUAUAGGAUUACUUACCUGCCUAUUUGCCUAUCACCUAUUGCCUAGUUAUUGGAUCAACGAUCUAUUUACCGGCAGUUGUGCUUAGUGCUAUUCAGCACUGCACUUGCCUACUGAGAUCUACUCAACUCUACCACUUGGCGCUAUCGGCAUUGCCCGCCUAUUCGACAGCCCACCUGUCAAGCUAUUAGGUGCGACGUCCCUACGGACUCAGGUCUGUGCGAGACGUCAUAGCUACGCCAACCCUCUGCAACUCACUGGACAUAUCCUGUCAACUACGCUGCCCACGGCAGAUCAGCUCUGCCCGCAGUAACCUUGUGCCCACGGUAGCAGGCCACCCGCCCUACUGUGCCCACUACAGAUAUUAGAUUUUGGGGAUUGAGACUCCACAAGAACUAUAUCGCCGGCGUCCCUCUAUCCGCUAGAGCGCCACCUCCAGCUGCAGAACCUCAAGCCAGGACACAGCCAGCUGCGACAUCAACAGGAAAACCAGCUAAGUCGGAGGACAAAGUGACAUACUCUCUUAUUAGGUGCAAGAGUGAUGAUUAAAUCUAAUAUAUUAGAGAUAGAUGCAAACCCUCCCCCUUUUUAUUCUUAUAUGUAUAUUUAUGUAAAUAAAUAUUCUUCAUUUUUAACUUUUGUAUCUAUCUUUCAUUGCUUUGUCUCGUUGCGUGUCUGCUCCCGAUUCAUAUGCUGAUAGGUUGGGGUGUGAUAGCUUUAAAAAUAAUCAUCCCCUAGACAUAAAACGUGCCAAACACACGUCACAUUUCCCCACCUGUCACAUUUUGGCGAGCCCGUCCGUGGAUUUAACCCAUUAGUACAGCAGGCACGAACAGGCAGCAAUAACCAAAUUUCCUAUCAAUAUUUUUCUAAAAGCAUUUAUAAGUAUCAUCACUUCGCAUUAUCAAGAGUGUCACUUCUGUCAUAUUUUAUUUAUUACUAUUAUUGCAUUUCAUGUGUAAUAUUUCAUUGCAGGAAUUUUGUGAUUAACGUAGGCAGACACCACAUUCCCCUUUUACUCUUUCUUGCAUUCAGCGGCUCCUUUCUACAUUUUACCUCUCAAUAUCUUCCACCUCAUCCUCUUCCUAAUCCGGCCUCUUUAACCAUGGACUUAGCGGAAUUAGCUUCCGAUUUCGAGGCUGAAGGAAUAUUAGGUGGAUUUGAAGGUCUCGAGUUAGAAGACUACGUACGAAGACGGAUUGAAAGGGCACAAAGAAUGGAAGAAUUGCGCAAAGCCCGUGAGCAGGAAAUACUAGAAAUCAGACAGCGCUAUAGACCGCAGAGUUUGGAGCGGAACAGCACACCCGCAAGACAAGGUCAGGAAGCAGAGGAGAGUGGAAUCAUGACUCAUGUCGAAACAGAGCACACCGCCCCAUCAGACACAGACGUUGCUAAUAAAGGUGAAACUACCACACCUGAUGCCCCUUCUCUCGACCAGUCCACCUUGUCUACCCAGCCCAACCCUCCAGCUCAGUCUAAUAGAACUUUAAUCCAGCCCAUGCCCUCAAGCAAACCCCAACCUAGAAAGGCACCAAUCCAACAACCAGCCUUGCACAAAAGCUGCAACUACCCAGCACGUAAGCCUCGUCAUAACGAGAACAACCAAGCCCACCGUGACUGCAACAACAGCACGCGUGGCAACAAAACUAACCGUGCCUACCGUGACUGCAACAACAGCAUGCGUAGCCACCAACCCAACCGCCAAAAGCAGCAGGCCUCACAGAACAUUUCAGUAAUGACCGCGGUCCCCAAACCCUCUGCGUCUAAUCAGCAAACACAGACUGAUAGAGCAGCGGGCGACCCAUACGUCAUAUCAACACUGACUGUGGCCCCUGAACACACUGCCCUUGGCCCUACGAAAACGGAAGUCCUACCGGCACUUCCUCACCCUGUCUCCUCUUCCCCCGGGGUAGAGAAGAUUCUGGUUAACGGACGUUACGUCCGGUCCCUAUUUGACACAGGCUGUGCAGUAAGCUCAGUUAUCUGCAAAGCACUGGUUGAUCCAGCUGAUCUCACAGAUAGAACUGUGACGAUUCAGUCCCUUGACCGUGAGAUUCCUCCAAAGGUUCUUCCUAUCGCGAGGGUGCACGUGGAGUGCAGAUACGUACAUGGCACCAUCGACGCCGCCGUCAUGGACACGCCAGUAUAUGACUUCAUUUUAGGCUCCAAAUAUGUCCCUCUUGGGGUUGUCAAAAAGCCAUACUUUUCUCUGCCCGUCGCCCCAUAUGUUUCACCCAGGUGA